AUGCUUAGACAAGAUUAUUAUACUAAAAAAGAUAUCCUUAAAAUAGCACAGCAAAUUGCUCAGUAUUUGAGAUUUGCUAUAACAGUCAAAAACAGUAGCAACUGUCAUUUUCAUCUUAAGUGCAAAUGUGGUG